AUGGAAUGGAACAGAGUUCGGAGGAAAGGCUUCAGGAACUUGGUGGCAAAAUGGGACGUUUUCCCAGGGGGAAGAUCGAAACUCGGAGAGGGGAAAGGAAAGUUUUUCUCAGUUUUUUUCUCUGAAAUUCCAGAUAGAAUAAAAGCUGUUGACAUUUUUAAUUUGUUUGGGUGCAUUGGGGAUAUAGAGGAGGUGGUGAUUCCUCCCAAGAGGAAUAAGCUAGGAAAGAGAUUUGGUUUUGCAAGAUUCAAGGAAGGGGAGGAUGCUAGAUUGUUAGCAGUUAAGCUAGAUAACGUGAUCAUCGAUGGAAAAAAGAUUCAUGCAAACCUGCCUAGGUUUAAUAGGAGUCAAGAGGUGGCUAGAAAGGGAGCGGGAGGACCAUCAGGAGGUGGAGGAAGAGGAGAAAAUACUAGGUUUGAAGGUACCAUCAAUAGAAGAGUGGCCGGAAGAGAUGGAAGGUUGGAAACAAAAACUUAUGCUGAAAUGGUGGCAACAAGCAACUUCAAAACCCAUCAGCACCAUGAGGCAGAUUCUCUUUGUUUUGAGGCAAAGGAAGAAGAUAUGAUCAGAUUUAAAAAGGCGUUCGUGGGGGUUGUUCAUCAGUCAGGCAUGUCAUACAACAUUCAAAAUAGUUUCGAUUUGGAAGGAUAUUUCGCUAUUAAGGUGACUCCACUAGGAGCCAAUUUAUGUCUUCUGGAAGAGUCAGAGGAAGGAGAAAUUAAGAAUCUGAUUAGUGAAGGUAAAUCGUGGUGGAGUCAAUGGUUUUCCGAAAUUAGGGAAUGGAAGGAAAAAGACGUAGACAAGGAAAGAGUAACAUGGUUAAGAGUUUAUGGAAUUCCAUGUCACGCAUGGAGUUUCAGUUUCUUCGAGAUGUUAGCAAACAGAUUUGGUUCUUAUGUCUGUUCGGAUGAAAACACGUUGAACGGAUCGAAUAUGGACAUUGCGAGAUUCAUGAUUAGAACUUCUGGAACCUCUGUGCUAAACGAAAACCUUGAGGUGAAUAUUAAUGGUAUUCCCUAUAAAAUAGCACUUCGCGAGGAUUCUUAUGGUCCGCUCAGAUUGUCGCUGAAUCAGAAUGCAAUCAAGAAUAAAUCUAACUUGUUUGUAUCAUCCUCUUCCGAAUCUGAGGAAGGUUUCUUGUAUGAGGAGAAAGGAGACAACAUGGAAGGAAGUGUUGACAGUUUUUUGGGGCAGUCCGAUAAGGAGGAAGAGAAAGAGAUGAAAACCGUGUUGUAUCCGGUCAAAUCAACCACAGAUAAUCAGGAUCAAGGAAAGAUCUUUUCUGAACCUAGUCAUAGGGAAGCAGAAAAAGCUAUAGGAGGGAGUUUCGAUGUAGCAGUUAAGGAGGCUAAGAGAGGAAAAGAAGGAGGAAAGGAGCCUCAAACCUACGAAAAAGGUUAG